AUGCGUCUAUCUGAAGCUUCUGCUCAUCUUGGAUCAUUUUCUGCUCGAAUUAAGGAAGAGCCUUUCCAUGUACAAACAAACAUGGGAAGAGAAGGGCAGAUUGGGACAUCAUGGAUAACCUCCACUGCUGUGAAAGCUGCUGAUGCAAUGCUUUCAACAUGUCCAUCACCUUAUGAGAAAAGAUGCUUAUUACAGCUACUUGCUUCAACCGAUUUUGGUGAUGGAGGAUCUGCUGCAACUUAUUAUCGACGACUUUAUUGGAAAAUCAAUUUAGCAGAGCCUUCAUUGCGCAAAGAUGAUAAUCUACAUCUAGGAAAUGAGUCUCUAGAUGACUCUUCACUUCUAACUGCGCUAGAAAAGAAUGGACACUGGGACAGGCACGCAAUUGGGCCAGGCAGUUGGAGGCUAGUGGUGGACCUUGGAAGUCUGUUGUACAUCGUGUUACUGAAACACAGGCCGAGUCCAUGGUAGCAGAG